UCAACGAUUGAAAUAAACUCACUCCCAAUUCUAAAAGGUUAUGUUUUGUUCUAUUCUAUCAGUUUUAGCUUUCUUUUUUCAAAAUCAACUUAGUAUUUAUUUUUUUUUGAUUUUCAUCAGAUAUUCAUCUAGUUUGAAUUAAUAGGAUACACUAAAUUUUAGCAUUAGAUAAUCCUUAUCUAAUAAUCUCGAAUGAUGAAUCCAGUAUUGAGGGUAAAGUCUGAGCCAAGAGACAUGGAUGAAGAAGAGAUUGACAUCAAAGAAGAGAUUGACAUCGACUACACCAUGUCCUGGCUUGGCAAGCAGGAAGUUUUGGUUGACGAACAGGUUUCAUCCAACCCUGGCAGUUUAUUCACUAUUAAAGAGGAGGAAACACACUCAACUGAAGAAGCUAUAGGAGAAGGAAAUGAUGAAAAAACUGAAAGGACAUUAAGCAAAGAUACAACCUUGCCCACUGCUUAUGUCAGACUGGUCCGUUUGGAAGAACUGGAUAGUAAUGCAAGAAAAAAAUACCAGAACCAGAGCUCAGAUCAAGAAUUUGUAUCUCAAUCAGCUGGUAGUUGUGGUGAUUCCUCUGAAGAAGAAGAAGAAGAAGAAGAAGAAGAAGAAGGAAGAAACGAAAACUGUGAACCACAAGAUGGAAACAAUGAAAUACUGGUAGUAGAAACACAACUUAAUCAAAAUCAAGAUGUCAUAGAUCAGGCAGAUAAGAAUACAACAUUCAAAACGACAGUUACAAAGCCCCAUCAGUAUUCAGUCUCUGCAAAAAGUUUCUCUCAGAGUGGUCAUUUGAAUAACCACAUGCGAACAAAUACCAAAGCAAAGCCUUACCAGUGUUCAGUCUGUGCAAAACGUUUCUCUCAGAGUGGUCGUUUGAAUAAUCACAGGCGAACACACACCAAAGAGAUGCCUCACCAGUGUUCAGUCUGUGCAGAACGUUUCUCUCAGAGUGGUCAUUUGAAUAACCACAUGCGAACACACACCAAAGAAAUGCCUUACCAGUGUACAAUCUGUACGAAGAGCUUCUCUCAGUCUGGUCAUUUGAAUCAAUACUUGCUUACUCACACCAAAGAGAAACCUCACAAGUGUACAGUCUGUGAGAAAUGUUUCUCUGUUUCUAGUGCUUUGAAUGACCACAUACGGACUCACACCAAAGAGAUGCCUUACCAGUGUUCAGUCUGUGCAAAACGUUUCUCUCAGAGUGGUCAUUUGAAUAACCACAUGCGAACACACACCAAAGAAAUGCCUUACCAGUGUACAGUCUGUACGAAGAGCUUCUCUCAGUCUAGUCAUUUGAAUCAAUACUUGCUUACUCACACCAAAGAGAAACCUCACAAGUGUACAGUCUGUGAGAAAUGUUUCUCUGUUUCUAGUGCUUUGAAUGACCACAUCCACGAAAAGCAACCCACGCCUGUUAAAAUUGUGAGUAGAGCUACUAUUAGUGUUUACUAA